AAACGUCAACACGAAGGUUGAGUGGCUGGCUGGCGGCGGUGGUGGCACUGUCUUGGUGGCCGUUGUCCUGCACCGCCUCCUAUCUCGAUGGUGGUGUCGGUGGCGGUGGAGGAGGAGGCGGGGUAGGUGAAGGGGGCGGCUGUGCGCCCGGACCGUUGCAUUUGUUGGUGUAAACACUGAGGAGAUUGAAGAAGAAAGAGGGAGGCUGGAGAGAAACUGUGUGUGACUGAGAAUGUGAGCGACCAUUCCCUCCUCAGAUUGCAAAAGCUGUGCUAGUCUCCGUGAUGCAACUGGAACAGUUCAAGAAUUUUUGCUCAGUGGAUCACUUUGUGAUUGAACCAAACUGAACCCUUCUUUUCAAACAACUACGUGUGACGGAUGUGAAGAAGCUGGUGAAACGAGCAUGGCUAUGAGCAACGGGAAUGGUGACUUCAUGGUUCAGAGCAAUGGCAGUGUCCCAUCAAAUGCUAACGGUAACAGCGUCGCUGCAGCCUGCGAUGGAGACCACCUCUCCAAGCAGCUGUCAGCCAAGGAGACUUCAAGGGCAAAAGUGAGUCACAACAGCGGUACGCUGCCAAAUGGUACUGUUAAGCCUUCUUGCCUCUUUACAGACAAUAUGAUAAACAGCCAAAGACCUGUGGCAUUGCUGCCACAAUGUUGCCACCAUUGUCCAUACCAUCAUCCUUUGUGUUGUCACAGUAACCAACCAGAUUGCCAUUCUUUGGGAAAUAUCACCAUCACCUCUCCAUUGACAUCUUCCUGCCUGCAAACUCACUCCGAGUACCCAACAUCUAUGUGCCAAAACACUUCCCCUCUCCAUGCAGCCGGCUGCUGCCUCCAGCCUGUCUCUUCUCUCAUCGAUCACGCUCCCCUUUGUCUUCAUCAUCGGUGGCCUGACCAUUUCCAGCAUCAACCUGUGCAACAGCAGCACAUCCCCGACAUCAGACCUCCGAGGCUGUUCCGAUUUCCCCGAAGCUAUGCGGCUCUGAUAGCUGACUGGCCAGUGGUGGUCCUAGGGCUCUGCACAGUUCUCAUUGUGAUCUGUGCGCUGGUUGGAAUCCUGGUACCAGAUCUUCCCGACUUCUCGGACCCAUUGCUGGGCUUUGAGCCGAGAGGAACAGCGAUUGGCCAGAGAUUGGUCACCUGGAAUAACAUGGUGAAAAACACAGGGUAUCAAGCAACACUUGCAAAUUAUCCUUUCAAAUACGCAGAGGAACAAGCCAAAAGUCAUCGAGAUGACCGAUGGUCAGAUGAUCCCUACGACAGAGACAAGCGGCAGGCAGAGUGGAAUUUCCACAAGGACAGCUUCUUCUGUGAUGUUCCCAGUGACCGUUACUCUCGGGUCGUGUUUGCCUCAGCAGAUGGGGAAAACUUAUGGCGAACGCAAUCAAUUAAAUCGAUGUGCAAUCUUGACAAUGCCAGGAUUCGUUCACACGCGCAGUUUGGGGAACUUUGUCAGCGGACCUCUGCUGCCUCCUGCUGUCCCAGCUGGACACUGGGCAAUUACAUCGCCAUCCUCAACAAUCGAUCCUCCUGCCAGAAAAUCACCGAGCGAGAUGUGGCCCACACGCUAAAACUGCUCCGUUCCUGUGUUAAAUAUUACCACAAUGGGACGCUGGGCCCUGAAUGCUGGGACAAGACCACGCGUCGCAAAGACCAGCUCAAGUGCAUGUCUGUGCCGCGCAAGUGCACCAAGUAUAACGCCGUCUACCAAAUCCUUCACUAUUUGGUGGACAAAGACUUUUUGAGCCCACAGACAUGGGACUAUGUGAUUCCAGCGUUAAAGUACAGCAUGCUGUUUGUCCCCACCGAGAAAGGGAAAAGUAUGAUGGACAUUUACUUGGACCAUUUUGAGAACUGGAACUGUUCAGAUGGUGUCACCACCAUCGCAGGGAUCGAGUUUGGGAUCAAGCACAACUUGUUCCAGGACUACCUUCUGAUGGAUACUGUGUAUCCUGCCAUUGCCAUCGUAAUUGUUCUGUUGAUCAUGUGCAUGUACACCAGGUCUAUGUUCAUCACUUUGAUGACCAUGUUCGCCAUCAUCAGCUCCUUAAUCGUCUCCUACUUCCUCUACAGGAUUGUGUUUGGCUUCAAGUUUUUCCCUUUCAUGAACCUCACCGCGCUCAUUAUUCUGGUGGGGAUAGGGGCUGACGAUGCCUUUGUGCUGUGCGAUGUCUGGAACCACACCAAGUUUGACAAGCCCAAGGCUGAGUUGGCGGAAACGGUGAGUGUCACCCUGCAUCAUGCUGCCCUCUCCAUGUUUGUCACCAGCUUCACCACUGCAGCUGCCUUCUACGCCAACUAUGUCAGCAACAUCACCGCGAUCCGCUGCUUUGGCGUGUACGCUGGCACUGCCAUCCUGGUCAAUUACAUUUUGAUGGUGACUUGGCUGCCGGCAGUGGUAGUGCUACACGAGCGUUACCUGCUGCAUUUGUUCCAGUGCGGUGAGAGGCCUGGACGGCGAACGGAACUCACCGGUUGCCUGGCCCAGCUCUGCUGCCGGCUGCAGCGCCUCCUGCUAACUGCCUCUGAGACCUCCCGCGUGUUCUUCGAGAAGGUGCUGCCCUGCAUCGUCAUCAAGUUCCGCUACAUCUGGCUCUGCUGGUUCCUUGCGCUGACCGUUGGCGGUGCCUACAUCGUCUGUGUGGACCCCAAGAUGAAGCUGCCGUCUCUGGAGCUCUCCGAGUUCCAGGUGUUCCGCUCCUCGCAUCCCUUUGAGCGCUACGAUGCCGAGUUCCGCCAGCUGUUUGUGUUUGAGCGGGUGCACCACGGCGAGGAGCUACACAUGCCCAUCACGCUGGUGUGGGGCAUUGCCCCCGUGGACGCUGGCGACCCCCUCAACCCUCACAACAAGGGCCAGCUGCGGCUGGACUCGACCUUCGACGUGGCCGCUCCCGGCUCCCAGCUCUGGCUCCUGCACUUCUGCCAGCGCCUGAGGAACCAGAGCUUCUUCCAGCAGACCGACGAGCAGGACUUCACCAGCUGCUUCAUCGAGACCUUCCGCCAGUGGAUGGAGAACCAGGACUGUGAGGAGCCCACCUUGUACCCGUGCUGCAGUCAGUCCACCUUCCCCUACAAGCAAGAGGUGUUUGAACUGUGCAUCAAGCGGGCCAUUAUGGAGCUGGAGCACAGCACUGGCUACCAUUUAGACAGCAAGACCCCAGGGCCCCGCUUCGACAUCAACGACACCAUCCGGGCCGUGGUGCUGCAGUUUCAGAGCACCUACCUCUUCACGCUGGCCUAUGAGAAGAUGAGCCAGUUCUACAAGGAGGUGGAUGCCUGGAUCGUGGAGGAGCUGAAGGGCGCUCCAGCUGGCCUUGCCAAUGGCUGGUUUGUCAGCGGCCUGGAAUUCUUUGACCUUCAGGACAGCCUCUCCGAUGGCACCCUGGUGGCUAUGGGCCUGUCUGUGGCUGUGGCCUUCAGUGUCAUGUUACUCACCACCCGCAACGUGGUGAUCAGCCUCUACGCCAUUGUCUCCAUCACCGGCACCAUCUUUGUCACAGUGGGCUCAUUGGUGCUGCUGGGUUGGGAGCUGAACGUGCUGGAGUCUGUCACCAUCUCUGUGGCUGUGGGUUUGGCUGUUGACUUUGCCGUCCAUUAUGGUGUUGCCUACCGCCUGGCGCCGGAGUCAGACCGUGAGGGCAAGGUGGUCUUCUCCUUGAGCCGGAUGGGCUCAGCCAUUGCCAUGGCUGCCCUUACCACCUUUGUGGCGGGCGCCAUGAUGAUGCCCUCCACAGUUUUGGCAUACACGCAGCUGGGGACCUUCAUGAUGCUCAUUAUGUGCAUCAGCUGGGGCUUUGCCACCUUCUUCUUCCAGUGUAUGUGUCGCUGCCUGGGCCCACAGGGAUCCUGUGGCACCAUUCCUCUGCCCAAAAGGUUGCAGUGCCAUGGCUUGGCACUGCCACCACCUCCCCAUGGCGGUCACAGGCAGAGGGAAGGUAAGAGGGUCUGCCGUACCCACAAACAGCAGGCAGCUGGUGAGGGUGACCAUCUGGACACUGAGCAUGAACAUUACGAACUUGAGCCCCUGGCCACCCCGGACGGUGGUGAAGCUGGUGACAAGGGAUCAGGCACCAUGGGCGACAGUGACGAGCUGGGCACUGAUCCCCGGUUAUUCAACGGAACCCGUGUGCCCGCUUGCCACCCUGGCAGACCGAGCCGAGCCACAGCCAACCUGCCGCUGCCUCCAAUCCGCUUUGUUCAGAUCAGCACACAGCUGAACAGUGUCCCGCACUCACUGGGGAAUGUCACUGCCCGGGUUCACGCCAAUCCCCAUUAAAGCCCCCCUCCCUUUCACCACCCCGGGGGGGGAGCGGGGGAGCGCAGGGCAUUGGAGUCUCCAAUGUCAGCAGUCUGCGUGUGGUUUCUCAUCCCACUUCCUCUGUGCCUAGCUCUUCAGGGGUCAUGUGGUGCCACCGUUGGGCUGCUUGGAAAGUCAUGCAGAUGCCCACGUGGUGGUGCCACCACAUUGAUAACAACUCCAUCCCUCUCCCUGACCCCCUCCCACCUCCUCCCACCCCCUCACCUACUCACCAUCCUGACCCCCAUCCCUGUCCCUGACCCACUCCAACCCCCUCCCCACUCACCAUCCUGACCCCCAUCCCUCUGCCUGAUCCCUCGCCAACUCCCUCCCCUAUUCACCAUCCUGACCCCCAUCCCUGUCCCUGACCCACUCCAACCCCCUCCCCACUCACCAUCCUGACUCCCAUCCCUCUCCCUGACCCCUCCCCAACCCACUCCCCUAGUCACCAUCCUGACCCCCAUCCCUCUCCCUGAUCCCCCACCAACACCCUCACCUACUCGCCAUCCUGACCCGCAUUCCUCUCCCUGACCUCCCUCUAACCCCCCUCCCCUACUCACCAUCCUGACCCCCAUCCCUCUCCCUGACCCCUCCCCAAUGCCCUCCCCUACUCACCAUCCUGACCCCCAUCCCUCUCCCUGACCCCUCCCCAAUGCCCUCCCCUACUCACCAUCCUGACCCCCAUCCCUGUCUCUGACCCCCUCCAACCCCCUCCCACCCCCUCCCCUACUCACCAUCCUGACCCCCAUCCCUCUCCCUGACCGCCCUCCAACCCACUCCCCGACUCACCAUCCUGACCCCCGUCCCUCUCCCUGACCCCCCCUCCAACCCACUCCCCGACUCACCAUCCUGACCCCCAUCCCUCUCCCUGACCUCCCUCUAACCCACUCCCCUACUCACCAUCCUGACCCCCAUUCCUCUCCCUGACCUCCCUCUAACUCGCUCCCCUACUCACCAUCCUGACCCCCAUUCCUCUCCCUGACCUCCCUCUAACCCACUCCCCUACUCAUCAUCCUGACCCCCAUCCCUCUCCCUGACCCCUCCCCAAUGCCCUCCCCUACUCACCAUCCUGACCCCCAUCCCUCUCUCUGACACCCUCCCCUAUGCACCAUCCUGACUCCCAUCCCUCUCCCUGACCCCUCCCCAACCCACUCCCCUAGUCACCAUCCUGACCCCCAUCCCUCUCCCUGACCUCCCUCUAACCCACUCCCCUACUCACCAUCCUGACCCCCAUUCCUCUCCCUGACCUCCCUCUAACCCACUCCCCUACUCAUCAUCCUGACCCCCAUCCCUCUCCCUGAUUCCCCCACCAACACCCUCCCCUACUCACCAUCCUGACCCGCAUUCCUCCCCCUGACCUCCCUCUAACCCCCCUCCCCUACUCACCAUCCUGACCCCCAUCCCUCUCCCUGACCCCUCCCCAAUGCCCUCCCCUACUCACCAUCCUGACCCCCAUCCCUCUCCCUGACCCCUCCCCAAUGCCCUCCCCUACUCACCAUCCUGACCCCCAUCCCUGUCUCUGACCCCCUCCAACCCCCUCCCACCCCCUUCCCUACUCACCAUCCUGACCCCCAUCCCUGUCUCUGACCCCCUCCAACCCCCUCCCACCCCCUUCCCUACUCACCAUCCUGACCCCCAUCCCUGUCCCUGACCCCCUCCCACCCCCUCCCCUACUCACCAUCCUGACGCCCAUCCCUCUCCCUGACCCCUCCCCAAUGCCCUCCCCUACUCACCAUCCUGACCCCCAACCUUCUCCCUGACCCCUCCCCAAUGCCCUCCCCUACUCACCAUCCUGACCCCCAUCCCUGUCUCUGACCCCCUCCAACCCCCUCCCACCCCCUCCCCUACUCACCAUCCUGACCCCCAUCCCUGUCCCUGACCUCCCUCUACCCCCUCCCCUACUCACCAUCCUGGCCCCCAUCACUCUCCCUGCUCCCCCUGUAACCCAUUCCCUUAUUUACCAUCCUGCUGGUCUUCAUUUCAGAGAUGCAGGUACCUGCAAGUUCUCCUCCUGGAAGCUCCUGCCUGUCUUUCUGCCCCACAAGAGAUUAAGGAGCUAAACUAGGUCUCUCGGCUCUCACGUGCAGAGAGGACCGAGGUGGGGGGCGCUUGAAGGUGGGACCAAUGCUUGGGAGCCUUUCAGACAGCAGCAUCUCCCCUGGGAGGUCUACAAACACCAAACCCUGUAUUGUCUUUGUAUCCCUGUCUCUUAAUCAUGGAAACUCCUCAGGACAGCACAUGCCAAAACCAAAGGGUUCUUGUUCCAUCAGCUCCACUGACUUCAUGGAGAAAGAGAGCACAUGAAGCAGAUGACAGUGGGUCACCUUGUAACCAAGCCCAGCAAUUCUGCUAAUCAGAGCCCUCUGAGCCAGGACUGAAGUGGACCGAAUCCCCACAUUCUGGGGCAGCGCGCCCUCCCUUCCAUUUGCUGCCUUGUGUCACAGCUCAGUGACUGAGCCCCUGGUGAUAACAAAGUGCAAUUGUAUCGACUCUGUUCUUCCAAAGGCUGAAUGAAGCCAGCACGCCUUGUUGUCUAGACACUGCACUCGGAACUAAUGUGUGAACCCUUUGUUAUAUGAAGGGGAGGACACUGCGAGGGUGCUUAUUGCAAGCUGAAGGCAUACAUCUCUACGCCUUUUCAAAGGGGUGGGUGGAUAGGACGGGGGACACGGGCUGAUCGGAGUGAGGCCCAACAAUAAAAACUGAAAUAAGAUGCAGUUAAAGAAACUCAAUGUAAGUCUGAGAUGAUGCCAUGAUAAUUUGUUUUCAAAGGUAUUUCUUUGUCUCUAUCCUCCCUAUGUCUUCCACAGCACAUCUCCUUGUGAGACCGUCCUGAAGAUACCAACAGUUCUUACCAAUGAGGCGACUCCUCACACUGUGCCAAUGUUAGCAGGGUCUCAGAUCAGGAAAUGGGUGGGGGGAGGGGCGAGGUACAGAAGUUACACUGAAUCCCUAAUCAGCUUCUUCCCACAUUCCCAGGGAGCCCCCAGAGUGACUGUCCAACCAUCGAGAGCAGGCAGACUGGCUAAAUGUACUCAGCCUACCCUCAGUACUUUGAGGCCAAUGCGACAUUAUGAUUAUCCCCUCACUUUGUGAGUUCACCAUGACCCAAGGGUGGAGCUGAGGAUACACUUGGUCAUUAUGGUUCAGAACAGAGGAGUUGCACAGUUAGAUUCAGGCUCUUAGCCUGAAUCCUUACCCCAAUUCCACUAUUCUGUUGAUGUGGAAGCAAAAUGUCAGACUGGAUCUAGUUGAAAUCGAGUUGAACUCCCCUAAGUCCAGCCUGUGGCGAGGUUCUGAAGCCUAUCUUUUACCAUUGUGUUUGGCUGCAAGUGCGAGCAGGCCAGGAGAUAAUGACAGUGUUCCCUUCCCACAGUCCAUGCUGAUGGAGAGAAUGGGAGGGAGACGGAUGGAGCCAGGUGCCUGAGCUCUGUGUUACAUGUUGUCACCUCCGGACUGUCUGCAUCUUCUGUGUUGUUUUUGGAUUGACACUUGCUGUUUGCAAGUGCCCCUCCAAGUUACUCACUGUUCUGACUUGGAGGUAUAUCCCCAUUCCUUCAGCAUUAUGCCAAACCCCUGGCCCUCCCUCCAUGCUCAACGCUGUGGGUGCUCCAACAGCACACGGACUGCAGCGGUUCAAGAAGGCAGCUCAGCUUCACCUUCUGGAAAGGGGUCAGGGAUGGGCAGUUCAUGCUGACCCAGCCAGCAACACCCCACUCCUGGGAAUGGAUUUUCAAAGAAGACCACUCUCCUUUCAGGGACCUUCGAGGAGAAUGCUUCCCUAACAGAGGGCUACUUUUGCUAUGCCAUUGUCGUAGUGCAGAGACCAUGCCCGUAGUGCAAUAAUAUGGAACACUCCAUUUACUGCAUACACGUGUUUGCAUUUCGACAGCUGUGGAGCUAUGUCAGUGUCCUGCCAAUUGGAAUGUACUGUCAUAGUUCAAACGCUAUGACACUGUGUUUGACACAUGACCAUUGCUGACACAUGGUCCAUGUGGCUAUCAGUGAACACUCAUUCCUCCCGCCUGACCGAUCUCUGAGUGCAGGCUCCCCUUCCUGACCAGAAAAACCAAUCAAAUCCCACCAGACCUUUUCAGGUAUUCCCCAUCAUGAGCCAUUGGAUUAGUGGUGUCUCUCUUUGCUCACACCCUGCUCCGUCUCCCGAUAACAUCGUUUCCAGUAAACAUCAGGAAUAAGUGGGCCCAUGUCAUGUUUUUACCGAGGUUUUUGUACAUGUGUUGGGAGCAAUUUGAGGUGACAAUGAAUUUGAAUCCUUCAGUCGAUCAGCCCAUUCACCUCCAUCCAAUUCCACUUUUUAUUUCUUUUUGACCCGAGUUAAGUUUUGGGUGAAUAAUUUAACACUUGCAUUCUUAAUGUAUGCUUUAUGCUAUUUAAAAAGAAAUGUUACUA